CUAAGGCCAAUUAACAUCCUCAUUCUUUCUACCUUCAAUACUCUUUAAGUGUUGACUUUCCAUUAGCUAAAGUUCUUGCAAAUUGCUAGAAACAUAAAAAGUUCAAAAUUAUAGAACUUACAUCUCUAAACAUGGCCAGAGGUCAAUGCAUGAUUAACUUUGCAUUCCUGUGUACUCUACUCACCUGUCAAAUGCUUUCUGGUGAAGGAAAGCAAUUAAGGUCAUUAGAUAAAGUAGGGAUCAACUAUGCCAAGAGCCUCUCCAAAAAAGGCAAUAGAUUUCUAAGCACCCAACUUCACAAGUCUGACCACAGUGAAAACUCACCCACAAAAAUUACUACACAACAAAAAUCUAGCAAUUUUCCUCAACCUAUGACACAUAAUGAAAACUUCCCCUCCAUGAAGCCAACUCACAGCUCCCCAAAAAACAGUCACAAGGUUGAUUCCUUUUGGGGGAACAGAGUAGGCAGCAUCAAGCAGAGUAACUGUCUGGGUGCAAACUGCCCUGAUGAUUUUAAACCCACAGCACCAGGACACAGCCCUGGUGCUGGUCACCCUUUCGGGACUAAUACACAGAAAAUUUCAAAAAACCAGCCAGAAAAAAAUCCCAAAAUGUGGAAUAGCUUAGUUGCAUCAACAAUGAAUUUCAGACGUACUACACCAGGCCGUAGCCCAGGUAUUGAGCAUGCAGAAAACAAAAGAGAUUCUAGCACUAAAAAUACAGAAACACGUAACCUUAUUCCCUCAUCACCAGCUCCUAUCUCAUUUUUCAGUUAUUCAACACUUGGAAAGACCAAUUAUUUCCAACCUACCUCCCAUGGUAGAAGUCCUGGAAGCAUCCAUGUUGACACAAACAAUAAUGGCACACGGGGAGCAGCAUACUUUCUUAAUGAAAAACGCAUAGAUGAUUUCCGACCAACAACACCAGGGGAAAGCCCUGGAGCUGGUCAUUCUUUAACAAGAAAAUCAGACAGAAAUACAUCACUGCGUGACAAGCAUCCAAUUGUAGCAUAUCCUCAUGCAAAAGGUAUUGAUGAUUACCGUCCUACUGACCCUGGUCACAGUCCGGGAGCUGGCCAUGCUGGUUUAACUAAGCAAGAGCCAAACUCAUAGAAUACUAUCGUCCGUGAAUCCAUUAUGAUAUGUACCAUUAUAACUCAUAGUUCUGUCUCUGAAGUUAAAAGAUCCUUAGAAAUACAGAUUAAACAUAUGUAAGUUAAGCGAUGUCCAUUUAUUCUUGAAAAAAUAAUGAUUUGUAAAGUUCUAAUCUGUUAGUUAGACUCUUUGCAUCAUUUCAUGUAUCCAAUAUCCAUAUCAGACAAGACAAUCAAUACUCAACACUUGGACACUUGUAUUUGGGCUAAAAUCAUGAAAAAUUUUCAUUAAUAGCCAAGUUGAACCCUCAGACACAUAUGUGUACGACAUCAGUUCCCUAAUCCAAAUGUCUUCAA